UUGUUUGUUCGAUGGAACAUUCCUGGAUACAUUCAGGUCUCACUGGCAUUCAUCUAUAACUUACUGUUCGUGAUCGCCCGCCAGGUGUUUGUCGAUCUGAUUGGUCCGACUGGAGUUCCUGUCUGUCGGAGUACGACGUCCGCCUUCCAGAAUGUCACCGCAGAGUGCACCGAUGAUCAGCUGAUGAACAUGCAGGUGAUGCCCUUAAUUGAGCUCUAUCCUGACAUGGGCUGGUCUCGAUGGUGGUGGACACGACUAUUGUGGGCUACCCUCGAUUUAGUUAUGGACUGCAUCUAUUGGCUUGACAUCUUCGUUCGAACCCGCACAGGUUUUCUCGAACAAGGCUUAGUUGUCAGAGAUAUCGACAAAAUCAAAAAGCAAUACUUUGAAAGUAAACAAUUCAAGUACGAUAUAAUUAGUAUAAUACCUCUCGAUUACGUAUUAGGGUGGCCAUGGCCAUUUCAGUGGUUCCGACCAUUUCCGAUAGUUCGCCUGAAUCGACUCCUGCGCAUUGACAGGGUGCAAGACUGUAUGGAGCGAACAGAAACAAGAAGCUCAAUGCCCAACGCCUUUCGAGUGCUUUGUGUCGUGUGGUACAUCAUUGUUAUCAUUCACUGGAAUGCCUGCUUCUACUUCUGGAUUUCGGAAAUGAUUGGUUUGGGAUCUGAUGGUUGGGUAUACGGUGCACUCAAUAGACAGAGUUUACCCGAAUACGCUUCUUCGUCGGUCCCGUCUCCCGUACAGAAUGUGGAGUACCUGUUUGUAACGCUGGAUUUGAUGUGUGGAGUGCUCAUUUUCGCUACCAUCGUCGGUAACGUCGGAAGCAUGAUCUCCAACAUGAGCGCUGCUCGAACGGAAUUCCAGAACAAAAUGGACGGCAUUAAGCAGUACAUGGAGUUGAGAAGGGUCAGCAAGCAGUUGGAGAUGCGUGUAAUCAAGUGGUUCGACUACCUGUGGGCGAAUAAGCAAUCUUUAAGCGAUCAGCAAGUUCUGAGAGUGCUUCCCGAUAAGUUACAAGCCGAAAUCGCUAUGCAAGUGCACUUCGAAACUCUUCGUAAAGUCCGCAUCUUCCAGGAUUGCGAGGCUGGUCUGCUAGCUGAAUUGGUGCUGAAACUGCAGCUACAGGUAUUUUCUCCUGGCGAUUACAUUUGCCGUAAAGGGGAUAUCGGCCGAGAGAUGUACAUAGUGAAACGAGGCAAACUGCAAGUAGUUGGCGAUGAUGGACAGAAGGUAUUUGCAACGUUACAAGAAGGUGCUGUCUUUGGUGAACUUAGCAUUUUGAAUAUCGCCGGUAGUAAAAAUGGCAAUCGUCGAACCGCCAACGUCCGAUCUGUAGGUUAUACAGAUUUGUUUGUGCUAAACAAAAACGACUUGUGGAACGCUCUCAGGGAAUACCCGGAUGCCAGGAAACUGUUGCUCGCAAAGGGGCGAGAACUGCUGAAAAAGGACAAUUUACUGGACGAGAAUGCCCCUGAAGAGCAACAAACCGUCGAAGAACUGGCCGAACAGCUGAACAACUCCGUGAAAGUCUUGCAAACCAGGAUGGCCCGAUUGAUAGCUGAACAUACGAGUACUGAAACAAAACUCAACAGUCGAAUCGAGUUCUUGGAAAAACAACUGCAUAGGUACAAGACGAUGGUCAGGAAGCACAAAAGUCUACAAGUGCAGUCAAUGAGUCAAGACGAUGGCUAG